AUUCGCCGGCCGGUCCGUGCCUCCACGGUAUUUUAACUUAAAAAGAACCCACAGUCCGUGGUCUCUUCUUCCCCCGAUUUCUGUACAACUAAACCUCAGUUUCUCUGGCUUAUAACGGAGAAUAGAAUACAGAAGAGAGUGGGAAAAUGUUGAAGUUCCUUUCAAAGGUACGAAUUGAGUUCAAUGCCUUGGACCCACGCAUAGCAUCGUGCAUGGAGUUCUUAGCCCAAUGCAACGCUCGCAAGGCUAAAGAAUCCAACCCAGCUUGCCAGGUCCAGGUGAAGCGGAGAACCGAUGAUCAACCGCCACAGAUCACCGUCACUUUUGUUAAUGGUGUUGAGGAGGUAUUCGAUGCCACGUCAACACCUGCCCAGACCAUCAGGACCAUGAUUCUUGAUAAGGGUCACUAUCUGGAGACGGAGCAAAUGUUCCGGGAAGCUGGUGAGAAAUGGCCUGUUGUUAUUCCCGAGGAGGAGCUUCGUCAACCUGCUCCGGGUACCAAGCCAAGGAAAGCGGAAGAGAAGAAGAUGUGAUACUGUAAUUUGUCUCAAUUACAUUUUGUUUCAGAUCACUAUUGAUGGCCAACCAUGAAAUCGUACAUUUUUGUGAGAGAACUCCAAACAUAGUUUUGAUCUUUAUUAACAUCUAUGUUCUUAUUAUAGUUAAGCACUAAGAAUUUGAGAAUUUCAGAUUGAUUUGUUGGAUGACUCUGAAUUAUGAAUUGUGGAUGUUAGAAAUUGUCUCUCAGUUCUUUUGUUUUCAUGUUCUAGAUGCAAGAGAAAUUGUUAUGGCAA